GAGAGAGUGAGAGCGAAACAGUAAGACAGUGAGACAGAGGAAAGGGUGGAGGACGAGACUCACAGAGUCAGACAGGAAGAACAGACUUACUGACUCAUGACUCGGGCAGGUGAGCAGACAGACACGGACGACACUGACACAGACAGAGAAAGAGACAAGUGAGGACUGUGGAACGGUGGCCAUUUAACACACACACACACCAGAUGGAGUUUCUGCUAUUCAGAUCCCAGAGCCACUGAUGCCUUCGGGGUUAGAGGGCAGCGCCAUGGCAAUUGCAGCCCUGUUCCGGGGCAAGUGGGGUCAGAAGAGUCAUGUCCCUAGUCCCAAAGAUCCCCCUAAAGCCCCCCUUCCCCAUCACCAUGAUGAUGAGGAUGACGAUGAUGAAGAGCAGUUGAACACACGAGCACCAAUCAGACGCAAUUCUCGUUUUUAUCGUUCCAUGAGGAAGAAAAGACAUGCCCAAGGCCAAGCCCAAGAACAAGACAAUGAGAGCCCCUCCCACUCACCCAGAGCACCACGUGACUCCAGCAGGACCAGAGCUGCAAUCAGAUCUCCACUAACACACACACAACGCCCUCCAUCGCCUCCACAUUAUGGAGCGGCGUUGCCAAGCAACGGGAACACCAGAGAAGGCGGAGCUUCCCCACGGUCACCGUUAGAAACAGGAGAUUGGCGGCUCAGAGGAGAGAUGGAGGAACUGAGCACACACACAAGUCGAGCCUGCAGCAUGCAGGACAAUGAUACAUACACACACAUUCACACACACCGCAUGGUCAGCGCACAAAACAACACACACAGGAUGGUGACAAGCGGAGAGACGGCACGAGGGAACUUCAGCCAAGGUUUAAACAUCGUGAAGAGCAUUGCGUUCCUGUAUCAGGAGUAUCGGGACUCUUCAGAACAGCAGGAAAUCGAACAGAGGCGGCAGAGAGAUGCACUUCCUGAGAAAGGCCUGGAGGCAGGGUCAGGGGUCACCACAGGGUCAGGGGUUACAGUGGGGUCAGGGGUCACGGCCCCUGCACUGCAGCUGCAGUUGCGUAACUCAUCUCGCUCUCUGACUUUAUGGCAGAAUCUCGAGGCCGUGCAGGACAGUGGCCUUUUACACAGACUCCCUCAACGAGAGGUCAUACUGCAGGAGGCAAUGUUUGAGUUGGUGACAUCUGAAGCGUCGUAUUAUAAAAGUCUGGAGCUUUUGGAAUCUCAUUUCCUUCAGAACCCACUGCUCAUUAACACACUCAGCCAAUCAGACAUGCACUUCCUGUUCUCCAACAUCGCUGAUGUCAUGAAGGCGAGCGAGAGGUUCCUGAUGGAUCUGGAGCACCGGAUCGAGGAGUCACUGCAGAUUUCUGAUGUUUGUGACAUCGUUCAUCAUCACGCCGUUAACCAUUUCGACGUCUUCAUCAGUUACGUCAUCAACCAGGUUUAUCAGGAGAAGAACUACAGACGCAUCCUACAGGAGAAUCCUUCGUUCAGGGAGAACAUGGCCAUUCUGGAGAAUCAGCCAAAAGUCAGAGGCCUGUCGUUCACCUCGUUCCUGAUUCUCCCCUUCCAGCGAAUCACACGCCUCAAACUCCUGGUGCAGAACAUUCUGAAGAAGGUGGAGGAGAACUCAGAGAGAGAGACAAACGCUAUAAAGGCUCAUCAGGAGCUUGAGAGGAUUGUGAAGGAGUGUAAUGAAGGUGUGAAGAAGAUGAGCCGCACUGAGGAGCUGAUCAGCAUCGAGAAAACUCUGGAGUUCAAAUCGAAGUCUGUGCCAGUGAUAUCUCACUCCCGGUGGCUCCUCAAGAAGGGCGAGGUUCUGCAGAUGUCCGGGCCGAAGAGCACUCGCACUAUGCGAAGCCGAAAAUUGUUCCAUCCCCUCUACCUGUUCCUGUUCAAUAACCUGCUGCUCAUCACCAAGCGCAGCUCCAGUGGGGAGAAGUUUCAGGUGUUGGACUCAUGCAGUCGCUCCAUGUUGAGGACUGAGGAUAUGGAUGAUCAGGGUCAGGUACUGGCGUUUGCAUUUGUGCUCAAACUGCUGGAGAAUCAAGAGGAGCGAUCAAUUAGCUACAUGCUAAAGACCAACAGCAUGAGUGAGAAACUGCGUUGGAUAUGCGCUCUCACCCCAAACCGCAGAACACGAUUCCUCUCAGCCAGCGCACACACACCAGAUUCUCCCCAGGUGCAGUGUAUUCAGUCGUACACGGCUCAGGAGCCUGAUGAGCUGUCAGUGGAGAUGGCUGACAUUCUGCUUGUACUCGAGGAGACUAACGAUGGCUGGAUGAUGGGUGAGCGUCUGCAUGAUGGAGAACGUGGUUGGUUCCCAUGCCGCGUGGUGGAGGACAUUAAGAGCGCUGAGAUUCGAGCUCAGAACCUGCGGGAGUGUGAGAGGAUCCAGCAGGCGCAGGGGGGAGGAGGGGCCUCCAGGGGGCGCUGGACCCCCAAAAACACAUCCUACACACCCACCUGGACUGACCAAUCAGAGCAGGAGUUCUGAGCCACACCCCAGACAAGCCCCACC